AUGACAGCUCUCCCCACACGCAUGCUCGCAGGCGUGACUGUGCCGGACACGCCGUUAAUCAGCAAGGCCAUUAAUUUCGCACGCAAGCACGGCAGCGAAAGCACUUACAACCAUGUGCUUCGCUCUCUCCUGCUUGGCUUCAUCAUCGCUGAUAAGAUUCUUCCAUCCCGUGAUCGCGAAGUGCACGCUAUCGCAGCCCUGUUACAUGAUCUAGGUUUCCCCAUUGGCCAUCCACCAGAGAGCACAAUCAUCAGCGAAGACAAGCGGUUCGAAAUUGAUGGUGCUCAUGCUGCUAGGGCAUUCUUACGGAAAGAGGGGUUAAGCGAAGACUGGGAUGAACAUAGACUACAGCUCGUCUGGGAUGCCAUCGCUCUCCACACGAUUGGGAGUAUUGUUUUUGAAAAGGAGCCAGAGGAAUUUCCAAGACUUGGAUUAAUGAAAGAGCUCAAGGCGAAUAUGUGCUCACUGUGUGUCAGUAAGCCACAGACGACAUACGACAACACUGUUGGCGAAUGGGGAGACAAGUUCGUGAAGGGCUAUGAUCGGAAAGGCAAAUUAACGCAGGACUUGUUGGAGACCUGCAAUCUGGAUGAAAUUGAGCCGAGGUGA